ACCAGUGAGACAGUACACAUACACAGAGCAGUUGGAAGAAGCAGAGAGACAUACACUCCGUGUGCAGUGUGAUUCAGCGUGUGUGUUACUGAGUAGUGAUGGUAGCAGAGGAGGUGGUGGUCACUCUCUCAGGAGGGGCUCCAUGGGGCUUCAGACUGCAAGGAGGAGCAGAGCACCAAACACCACUACAGGUGGCCAAGGUGCGACGGCGUAGUAAGGCGUGCAGGGCCGACCUGAGGGAGGAGGAUGAGUUGGUUGCCAUCGGUGACCAUGUGUGUGCAGAGCUCAACCACGCUCAGGCGAUGAUGCUCAUCGACUCCCAUCGACACACUCUCAACCUCAGGGUCAAGAGGUCUGGGUUCCACUCUGUGGUCCUGCCGGGUCGGAUACACACAGCCACACACACUGACGGGCCGGCCUGCUUCACCCUCACCUCCCCCCCUGACAGUGAGGCCUAUUAUGGAGAGACGGACAGCGAUGCGGACACACACACACACAUACACCGCCGCCAGCGACACACACCUCCGGAUGCGCGCUCUCCCGGUCGACAGCAGGAGGAGGAGGAGACUUCGGAGAUAAGCGGGUAUGAGAGCGCUCCAGAUGGGGGGGGUUCCCUGCAUGGGACCUGGGAGCAACUACCCACACUGGGAAAUGGUGGGAUCCAACAGUGGGAGCAACCAACGGGAUCGGGAACAAGGGGGUUUCAACCUGGAGUACCACGCAGGGAGGUGGUCUACCAACCCCAACCCCCGCAGGCCCCGCCAGAGUGGACCCACCCAGCCCGGCCCGUCCUACACCAUGCGCAGGGGGAGCCGGUGGUGGGAGGAGAGGUGGAGGGAGAGGGAGACAGUGGGUUCCAGGAGGCAGGGGGGUGUGUGGUUCUGGCCUGCUCACCCCUGGUGUCUCCAGAGCGGGCUAAAGGAGCCAUGAUGCUGGGCUCCAGCUCACAGAUGGUUCCCAUGGUGGGCGCCCAGCUGACCCCACUCAGUGACGAACUGUCUGCUACGUACAAGGAAAAGGCCCGGCAAGCCAAGCUGCAGAGAGGAGAGAGUGGGGUAGACAGGCAGGUGAAAGAGGCUCGUACUACAUGUCGUUCCAUCGCCUCCCUGCUCACCGACGCUCCAAACUCCAACUCCAAAGGAGUUCUCAUGUUCAAGAAGAGACGCCAGCGUGCCAAGAAGUACACCCUCACCUGUUUUGGCCGCGCGGAGGGGGAGGUGGGUGCUGAGACUGGGGGAGAGACGGAGGGAGAGGAGGAGGAAGGGAGUUCAUUCCCCUCGGGUUCAGAGGUGGAUGAAGAGGGCUUUGCUGGAACCUUUGACCCCACCUGGGACAGCGAAUACCUGGACAUGCUGGAUAGGAGGAGUUCUGCCUGCCCCUCCACCUAUAACUCAAGGCCCCAAACACCAACUAAUCAGAGCUCAGGGUAUGAUUCCUUGGCCUAUCAGAGCCCAGAGAUGAACAUGUCAUUCAAUCAGGGGUCUGGGAUGGAUGCCCCAGCCUAUCAGAGCCCCGGGCUGGACUACAUAGCCUAUCAGGGGAAAGAGACGGAGCAGUAUGAGCAGCAAAGGAAAUUGGCCACUCCUGUCACCUACAACUCUGCCCCUAACACCUCCCUGACUGCAAGUUUGUCCAAUGGGGGCUCAGCAGGGAUGAGUCGGGCCAGUGUGGUUCUGACUUCCCCCUCUCACACCCCGAUUCCCCCCCAGCCUGACCUAAACACUAACCCUAACCCGCCUGGGGGAAUCCAUAACCGCACGGCACGUCCCUUCACCUCAGGCCUCGCCCCAUCUCGCCCCCCCGCCACCCCUGUCAUCUUCCGACCCGUCCAGCCCACUCCUGGCUUAACAAUGGUUUCCAAACCCACUGCUGCGGUAUCCAUGGUAACCAUCGCCCCCCCUCGCCCUUCAGGGGCGCCCGAGGCCAGGAGAGCGGUCUCCAGUACCUCCCUCUACAUCCCCCCUAGACCUACUGCAUCCAUCCUCUCUCCUCCUCCUCUUGUUCUCUCUCCUCCACCCUCUCCUACCCGCACUCCUUCUCAGCCUUUCCUUUCUCCCUCGGUCCAUACUGCCACCUUCUCUCCUUCUUCUGACCGCUGUUCUCCUUCUCAUUAUCCUCCUCAACCCACCCAACACUUCUGUUCCUUGACUGCUCCUCAACCUUUCUCUCCUCCUCCUGCCCCCAUUCAACACUUCUCUACUCCUAGUCAACCUUUCUCCCCUCCUCCUCCUCAUCCCCCAGUCUAUCCAUCCUCUGCCAUGAAUGCCCAGCCCUGCUCUCCUCCUUCUUCUUCUAAUCAACCCUUCUCUCCUUCCUCUGCCACACCUUACAUUCCCUCCCUGGCUCAGACCCAACCCCCUCCUCCCUUGAUCUUCAACUCCUAUGUCUCUAUGACAAACCCUGCCAUGGUGACCCCCUCCACUGCCCAGACCCCUGCCUCUGAUUCAUUGUCAUCCCGUGAGCAGCGUAUCGCCGUCCCCGCCUCCAGAACAGGCAUUCUCGCGGAGGCGCGUCGUCGCAGCAACAAGAAGCCCAUGUUCCGUCCUUCUGUGGAGAACAAGAAGGACGUGUCUCCAAACCCAGCCCUGCUGGAGCUGCUCCAAAACCCGGACGCACCGACCAGGAUAGGCCCAGGCCCCAUGGGGCCUAGUGGAGGAGUUAGUGGGGAGGCUGGAGGUGAGUCAGGCCCUGAAGAGGACUGGUUGAAGCUGGGGGCUGAGGCCUGUAACUUCAUGCAGGCACAGAGAGGCUCCAAGCCCCCUCCUGUGGCCCCUAAACCCCAGCCUCCUCCACAGGUGCCCCAGCUAGCAGGGAAGGGGGGUCAGCUGUUCGCCCGUAGGCAGAGCAGGAUGGAUCGCUAUGUGGUGGAGACCCCCUCCUCACCCCAACCCGGUCCCGGCCACCCCCGCCAGCCCUCUCCCACACCCUCCCUCCCCUCUCAAUUCAAAUACUCCUCCAGCUGCAGAGCCCCCCCUCCCAUCAGCUACAACCCCCUCCUCUCCCCCUCCUGCCCUCUCCAGGCCCAGCGCCAGAGGGCGGGGGUAGCAGGACAGGGUGGGGGUUCAGCGGGGCAUAAAGCCGCCCCUGGGGGUCAGAAGGCUCAAGGCAUCAAGGCUCUGGAUUUCAUGAGUCGCCAGCCCUAUCAGCUAAACCCCUCCCUCUUCAGCUACGGGGGCGGGACUCCCCAGGGCCAAAACAAGAUGCCACGUACGUAUGAGGUCAAACGCUUCUCCACGCCACCUCCCACAGGCCCCGCCCCUACUGUCAUCAUCCCACGGUCAGCGACCACACUAGGAGAACCAAUGUGGAGGUCUGAUGUCAUUUCUCUUCCCCCAACAGCCACUUCCUGCUACCAAUCACUCUCUACCCCCCCCUACCAGCCUCAGCCCCAGUGGGUCCCUCCGACUCCAGCCCCCACAGGCCCCCUCCCGCAGCUCCCGAGCUUCUCCUCCGUCCAUGUCCCUAACCCUAACCCCUACCCCUCCCAGCCCCACGCCCCCCAACAAGGUAACAGUCAGUUUAAGAGUGCCCCUGAUCUGAGCCCUUUGGCCCACACCCCACCUCGCCCCGCCUCCACGCAGCCCUCCAGAGUGCCUCGCCCCAAAUUCAGCACCUCUAACCUGGGUCUGCAACCUAGCGUCUGGCGCCCUGGAUCCACCAUGAGCUAAGACAACACACUAUAGACUGGCUCUGGAGAAAUCCCAGCUAGCAAAUUUGGUUCCUUGGAAGUUGUGGGAACGUAAGUUUUUGGUUUACCAUUGGUUCUGGGAACGAAGCCAUAAGUUACCCUGACCGGUAAAACGGAAUGUUUUUUAAACAUUCUGAUAACGGAAGUGAACAUUUUGCCUGUUCUGGGAAGGUACGUUUUUAGUUUGCAGGGAGAUUUUGAGAACAUUUUACUCUUGUUCCCUGAAAAGUUUUCCUAGGUUUUAUUAUCAUUCUUAGAACAGAAAUUAUGGGUUGUUUGAAGGUAAUUAAAUAACGUUUCGAGAACAUUAUCUAAAUGCUGUGAAUGUUUUAAACAAAAUGUAAAGGUUAUUUUGAAUUUAUGGAAUAACUUCCUUAACAUUUUCACUGAAUGUUUCAAUAAGACUUUCAAUAACACUGCUAGAUUGGUUUGUUUAGAACCACAAGCACAGAUUAGACACAUGGAAAUGUAUUCGCUCAGGCAUUAAUCACACAAACACAUUUAUUUUUUAUUGUGGCACGGCGUCUGUGAGAUUCAAACCUAUGAUCUUCUGUUCUCUAUCCAUGGAAUUAGUCUACUGCGCCACCAGGAUGGAGCUAACAUGUUUUUUUACUUGUUUAAAAAAAACGAAUGUUCAUUGUAGUCUACACAAACAGACCCAAUUUCAAAGAAAACAAACAUUCAUUAAAGUGUGGCCAAUUAUCGGGCACGGCUAACACACCUGAGGAGAGAGUUUUGUUGACGCUGAGAACGGAAUGUAUUCGUUUUAAAACGUUAUUAAUGUUUUCUUGGGGUUUUUAGCGAACGUUUUCUUAAUGUUCUGAGAACAUGACUUUAAAUAGAACCAUGAGCAAACCUUCAGACAACGUUAUGCUGAAGUAUUAAAAAUCCCACAGAAGAACAUUGUUUCUUCACGUUCUCUGAAUGUUCUGAGAACAUGACUUUAAAUAGAACCAUGAGGAAACCUGUAGGAAACAUUAUUCUGAAGUAUUGAAAUUCCUGCAGAAGAACGUUGUUACUAAACGUUCUCUGAACUAUUUGAAAACAUUCCCAAUGUCAAACCAGUUGGAGAACGUUCCUAGAACAUGACCAAAAGUGUCAUUAAAUGUAACCAUGUUUCAACUUUUUGAAAACUUUAAUUAAAGUAACAAAAUACCAGGAAAAUAACGUUAUUUCGUCAAGUUCCUUAAAUCUGCUCGGAAUGUUCCAAAGCCAAGCAACUAUCCUGCACCAUUCCCAGAACGUUGUGGGAAUGUUGUAUGCAAAAUAACCAUAGGACAACUAUACUCUCACAUUAUGUGCUAGCUGUUCUGUAUGGUUUAUUGCAAAGUAUUGGUCUUUGUCAGUCCAAAAGAGAUGUUAGUAUUGUGCAUUGCAUAAUUUACCUAAGAAUGAAAAUCAGAAGUCUAUCCACUACCCACCUGUUUGAAUACUUUGAAAUGUCUUUGGUCUGGGGUUUUCUUGAUCACAUUCUUUAUUUUAUUGACUUCCUGUUUGGACACCAUUGUAGCUCUUGGUUCACACCAGCCUUGUCAGCACCAUUUCUUCUUCUGAUAAUUUGACCUCCUCUGCUUCGCCUGAUAAAAAUAUUAUUUGAUGUAUAGUUGAUAUAGAAUAUAGUUGAUAUGUAUGAAUAUGUGAAUAUUAACGUAAAAUAAGUAUUUUAUGACGUGAUCUAAAAUGGCAGACAAGGGGAGCGAGAGACAUGGAUAGGGAGAGAAAAUGGGACUUGAUAUGUAGUUUAAUAAAACAAAAUUGAAUGCGUUGGGAGCGACAGAAUAAAGUUGAAAAUAAAGAAUGAUAAACAGAUAAAAGUGAGGAUGUUCUAAAGAAAGAUAGAUGAGAGGAAAGAUAGAUGAGAGGAAAGAUAGAUGAGAGGAAAGAUAGAUGAGAGGAAAGAUAGAGCAGAGGAGAGAUGGAUGAGAGGAGAGAUGGAUGAGAGGAGAGAUGGAUGAGAGGAGAGAUGGAUGAGAGGAGAGAUGGAUGAGAGGAGAGAAGCUAGAACAUCCGUCCUAAGACAAACGGUAGACUAUUGUUGACCUGUAAAAGGAUGGACUACAUGCCUGCUGUGUGCUUCCAUUAUGACUUUAGCUAAGCGGUCUAAUACAGUCUCGGGGAGUGCAGGCGACCCGGGUUCAAAAUCCAGUCGGUCACAUGAAGGCCUGAAUCUGAACCAAAGAGCUGACUGUAUAUGAGAACAAUACUGUACUCAUCUCUGAAGCUACCAGCACGCAGUGCCAACCUCUCCUUUUUCAUGUUAUUUUUGUGAUGAUGAUUAUUGUGAGAAUAUUAUUAUUAUGAAUAUUAGGAAAUAGCCUGUGUUUUCUUUCUUGCUUCAUAUAAAUGUGUCAGUGCAUUGCACAGUAGUACCCUCUGUAUCAGGAUGUGUUUAUUUGGUGUUUUUUCCUUUGCCUUUUCCACUUCCUUAUUGUGAUGAGAAAGGGAGGGGAAGCAAAGGGAAAUGAAGGGAGGAGAUAGCAGGGAGGUUUUGUCUGAUUGAUGUGAGCGCUGAGCUGUUCAGUUGGUGUUCUGUAGUUCAGAGAAAUAAAAACAGACGUGAAACUCUC